AGGAGAGAUUAUGGAAAAUGCCAAGAAGGUUUGAGAUGCUCACAAGGCCCAGUGGCUCUCCAGGGCUUCCUCGUGGGGUGCUAGGGCAGGUGCUGAUCAGUGGGACCGGGCUCAGUGGUGAGCAAGAGAAGCUUUUUAAUAUCUGUUCCCAAAACCACUGUCCCAGCAUCUCAGAAACACCCAGCUGGUGUGCGUCCUCCAGGACAGCCCACUCAGUUAUUUAUCUCUGUAUUCCACGAUAUACUUAUAAAGCAAUGAACUGUCCAAGGAACUAAGUUUGGGCGUCUGUCUGGCCACAGGCAUCGCUCUCGCCGGCACACUCGGCGGGGAAGGCCGCGUAGACGCGGGCUGCAGCCUUCCGAGCCUCAAUUCGCCUCCCUCCGCCACCUCCCCUUCACCUCCCUCCCCCGCCCCUCCCCCGGUUAUUUGGGAGAUUAGAGUUCAUUAAUUAAAUCCUGUGCUUAGAUCGAACUGUAACAUUAUUCCAAUCACAUUUGUCUUGCAGGCGGCAGAGGAGAUGGCAGCCUCGCUGGAAACGCGCGGGGGAGCCUGAGCCGGCGGCCGGAGACGCACGGCGCGCCGCUCCAGCGCCGCGGCGCCGCGCAGACCCUCCGUCUCCCUGCUCAGCCUCGCGGGCCCGCUCGCCCCUGCCUCCCGGGCCCGGCUUCUCUCUGGGGCUCCUGCCCACCCCUACCCCGGGGCCCCUGCGCGGCUCCCCUGCCCGGUCCCCCUCCCCCCGGCACAUACGCUGACACGCGCGCGCGAACACACACACUCACACACACACUGACACGCCAGCGAGCUGCUGGCCGCUCAAUGGACCGAUUUCCCCGCUUUUCCUGAUCCCAAGCCGGCCCGGGAUGAGAAAUUGCAAAAUGGCCCGGGUCGCCAGUGUGCUGGGGCUGGUCAUGCUCAGCGUCGCCCUGCUGAUUUUAUCGCUCAUCAGCUACGUGUCCCUGAAAAAGGAGAGCAUCUUCACCACUCCCAAGUACGCCAACCCGGGGGCGCCCCGAAUGUACAUGCUCCACGCGGGAUUCCGGUCGCAAUUUGCGCUGAAGCUUCUAGAUUCGUCAUUGGUGCCCUUUCCGCAUUCUGUGACUCAUGAACUCCAAGCCAGACCUAAGUGGACGUUUAAUCGGACAGCGUUUUUACAUCAAAGGCAAGAAAUUCUUCAGCAUGUCGAUGUAAUAAAAAACUUUUCUUUGACCAAGAAUAGUGUUCGGAUUGGACAACUGAUGCACUAUGAUUAUUCCAGCCAUAAAUACGUUUUCUCUAUUAGCAAUAACUUCCGAUCACUGCUUCCAGAUGUGUCUCCCAUUGUGAAUAAGCGUUAUAACAUUUGUGCUGUGGUUGGAAAUAGCGGGAUCCUGACAGGGAGCCGGUGUGGACCGCAGAUAGAUAAGUCAGAUUUUGUUUUCCGUUGCAAUUUCGCCCCUACGGAAGCUUUCCAAAGAGAUGUUGGAAGGAAAACCAACCUUACCACCUUCAACCCCAGCAUCCUGGAAAAAUAUUACAACAACCUUUUGACCAUUCAGGACCGUAACAACUUUUUUCUCAGUUUGAAAAAGCUUGACGGGGCCAUUCUUUGGAUCCCUGCCUUUUUCUUCCACACAUCGGCCACUGUUACCAGGACAUUAGUUGACUUUUUUGUUGAACACAGAGGCCAGUUAAAGCUCCAGUUGGCUUGGCCUGGAAAUAUAAUGCAACAUGUCAACAGGUACUGGAAAAACAAACACUUGUCACCCAAACGGCUGAGCACAGGCAUUCUCAUGUACACCCUGGCGUCAGCAGUCUGUGAAGAGAUCCACUUGUAUGGAUUCUGGCCUUUUGGAUUUGACCCCAACACAAGGGAAGAUCUUCCGUACCAUUACUAUGACAAAAAAGGAACCAAAUUUACCACCAAGUGGCAGGAGUCCCACCAGCUGCCGGCUGAGUUUCAGCUGUUGUACCGAAUGCAUGGGGAAGGGCUCACCAAGCUGACCCUGUCACACUGUGCCUGAGAACUCCGAGCGGGAAGUGCCAAACGGCUGGUUUAAAAGUGCCCCGACUCACACCGAGUAGCCCGUCAGAAUAGACCCCUAAAGAGUCUCUCAUAAGGACUGUCUGCCCCUUAAGAGCAAAGGGGUCUUUUCUCCCCUCUGCCCUGCUCUUUUAAGGGUCUUAGCAAGACAGAUGCUUUGAAGCCUCAUGAUCUAAACUUGAUUGAUAAAGUGACUGUUGCAUUGGGAACUCUGCUGCUAAUGAAAUGGUUUGAAGUAUUUUCAAGUUUGUAUUUUAAUAAUAAACUGCCUCCUUUUUUUUUUUCUAGUGAGGAUUAGAGCUGUAGUGUCUACAGCUUUGCUCAGAUAGAGGCCUCGCAAUCAGCGGCCUCUGGGCAGAGGUUUGGGCAGGAUUUCAGUUUUGCCUGGGUGGGAUCAGACUCUUCGAAAUGAAAACAGAGAAAAAUGGUUUGCGAAUAUCAUCUCUCUCUUCCUCUCUUUUCCCCGCUGCCCCUCCCACCCUCUCCCUUCCACCCCCUACAACCACUUCCCUGGCCCCACCACCAUGGACUUUUAUAUUUGGCUAGGAGUCAUGUUGAAAUAGCUUUGCUUGUAUGUCUUGCAUCUGUAAUUGACACAUUCAAGGCUCUGGGUAACUGAUGUUUCAUGGCAAACUGAGUGGAUCAUGACGGAUCCCCUUGCGAUUCCUUUUAUAAGAAAUGCCCCUCGGGAAGUUCUCACUGGUCCAUGCAGCCAUCCUGCAGCAGAGCAGCUCCUCUGCUGGGAGGCACGUGAUCCAGGGCAUCUUUGACCAUCACUAAGAAAGACUGUGGUGUGGGUGGCGUCUCAUCGCGUGACCCUGAGUGCUAUUAUGGCAAAUCAUCCUGAUGCCACACCUUCAAGGGUGUUCCAGCCUGGGCGCAGUGCCUCCCACAGCCCCAACCCAAGCACUGGACUGGGAAUCCCCUCAGAACAUAGAGGCGGGGAGUCAGCUUGAGUUUGGUACUUAUAUAAGAAGAGAAAGGAAGGAGAAUACUUAGAAGUUGUUAUGGAUCCCAUGGCCCCUGAGAGGUCAGGGCCUCUGAGAACCAGCAGGGUCAAAGCAGAGGAGGUGCUCUGAGACUGGCCAGGCCCCCAUGUGAACGGCGCUGAGGCGAGGUCAUCCUGAGUGUCACCGCGUCCAUCAGCACCGCUCCAGAACUCCAAGGCGAUGGUAGACAUCAGAUAUCCCCUUUCCACUGAAAUCAGCUCUACAAAUCUAACAUUUCAAAAGGAAAAGCCACUGUUUCGUGGCAAGACUGGUACUAAAUGAACCCUUGGAACUGGAGAUGCAUGGGCCUGCUGCAAGGGGUUCACCAGCUGUUCCCCUUUCAGCCUUAGGAGUAGAAAUCACAUCACUCCUGUCCCCAGCUUUUCACUGAGCAACACUUUGUUCUUCCAGUUCAGCCCAAAGUCUGGCCAAGUUGAUGUUAAAUUUUAAUAAGAGUUUCUUUCUUCUCUCCAAAUGCCAGUCAAGCACAUUUAUAAUACAUUUGGGUGGGGUAGCUUGUUCUUUUCCAGAAAUCUCAUCUAGAUUGCUUGUAAUGUUACAAAUACUGUUUAAAAUCAUUGCUGUUGUUCAGUAAGCAGCUCCCUGCCCCUCCUUGGGAAGGUACCAUCAUGCCGAAAAUCAAACCAAAUAUAAGUCUGAUUUGAUAAUGAAGGAUGCAGUUCUUAUGCUCACGUUCUGCCUGGUUCUGAAGAGGGCUGUUUUCUUCUAAUUUUUCCCAGAAAGCUAAUCAGGGCAGCUUACAUAGAUCCAGAUACUAACCAGUGACAGAAAAGUCAUACAGGUCCAAACGUGUUACCCCUGGUGACACACCUCACUCCGUUGUGUGAGUGACAAUCAUCCAAAUAGACGGGAAGACAUCGCAAUGGAAGUUUUGAAGUGGGAGGCUCGAUACUUGAAAUAAUUAGAGGGAGAGAUAUCCAAAACACUUCUAAAUGCAAUGAUGCAAUUUGAUGGGCACUCAAACCACAUGCUUAACUCCCUUACCACUUUAAAGAGGAAAGUACUACAUUAAAAAAGAAAAGAAAAAAAAAAAGAGGAAAGUACUACAGUCUUUGUGCUGUUCUCUGUUAGGGCCACAGGGAGAUGGGAAACUGACGGGAGUGUUUAGCUGGAUCUUCCGAAGCACUUAGUUCACUUGGUUUCAGCUAAGUGAUAAUGCCAAUAUUACGAUGAGAUGGUUGGAUGGCAUCAUCGACUCUAUGGACAUGAGUUUGAGCAAGCUCUGGGAGUUGGUGAAGGACAGGGAAGCCUGGCGUGCUGCAGUCCAUGGGGUUGCAAAGAAUCGGACUCGACUGACCGACUGAACUGAACUGAAUAUGGGCCAGAUCCUGACUCUGGAAUUUUAACCCCAAUGUGCCCACUAGAUUUCACUAAAUAUGUGGACACUUUGAACCAGGCAGGUUAAAAGAGCAAAAGAACAGAAUCCCUAAAGCCAGUUAAUUGUUCUAUUUGUGGACCAUUUAAAUUAGCUUUCAUCAGAAUGGCAAGUUUGGGGAUUUUUCUUUAAGUUCAGGGAGACUGAGUAAAUCUCACUUCGCUCUUGGCUCCAUUUUAACCUAGAGUGAGAGGACUCUGUCGUCUCCCAUCAUCAUUUCAUCCAUCACUUUCAUAAAAACUCAACAUGCUGAGGAAACAGACCUGUCUCCCAGACCCAGGACAGAGAGAUAAGGCUUAUCUCCUGCUCCCAAGUAGGACUUCCUGGAGCUGAUCCCAAAAGACCACCUUUCCCUUUGUCUUUAAAAAUCUCUGAAGACAAUCCCAAGCCCUACCCAUAGUGGUUAACCACAAUUCUCAUAAUUUAUCCAUUCUUUAUAUGCAGGCUUUAUCCUUCUAUUGCAAAAAAAAACCCCAAAAACUAGAUUCAGUGUGCGGGUAAAGUAUUUAUCUCAGUUUUCGGCAUGUAGUCAGCACUCAAUAUAUGGCACCUUUUACUGUUAUUAUUAUCGGUUAGUUAUGCCCUAGACCUACAGUUUCAGCAUAGAGAAAAACAGCCUCUAGCUGAUGAUACAAAAAGUCUUUUUGUUUUUAAAGACUGUUCCAAAGAUUAAACCUAUAUAACUACUGUCCCGACCAAAAGAGUUGCUGGGUCCCGUGAGCCCAGAUUAGGAAGUGUGAAAGUGAAGUCGCUCAGUCGUGUCCGACUCUAGCAACCCCAUGGACUGCAGCCUACCAGGCUUCUCCGUCCAUGGGAUUUUCCAGGCAAAAGUACUGGAGUGGGGUGCCAUUGCCUUCUCCUUAUACAUAUCCAUUUUGUGUUAAAUGUCUCACCAGACAGACAGUACUAUUAAACUCAUAGAAUUUCUAAAAAAUAUGGAACGCUUCUAUAAAUAGCCAGGAUCUCCAAGGCUGUGUGGUCAACAGCAGUGACGUGGGCAGACAGGCCUGUGGGUCCUCCUUCCUGAUUCAGCCACAGGUGCCAACCCCUGGUUUUUCCAUUGACUUUGCUCUAUUGGUUAUAGGUUAAGUGCAUCCUUUUGUCAGAACCUUUCUUCUUUUUGGUGGCUCAGAUGGUAAAGAAUUCAUCUUCAAUUCAGGAGACCCAGGUUCAAGCCCUGGAUUGAGAAGAUCCCCUGGAGGAGGAAAUGGCAAUCCACUCCAGUAUUCUUGCCUGGAGAAUUUCAAGGACAGAGGAGCCAGGCAGGCUACAGUCCAUGGCGUCACAGAGAGUCAGACAUGACUGAGCAACUAACACUUCUUUUUUUCAGAUACUCAUGGCAGAGUCCGCCCUCACUAUUGGAAUAAAUAUCACCAUAAAGCCCCCACGUCUGUCUACAUGUGACACCAACACAAACGACCAAUUCAGUUGCACAGAAAAACAAACAAAAAUAUUUAACAACCUGCUUAACGCUACUCCCUGGGUUUUCAUCAGUUGCUCCGAGUGUCCUGUGCAGGCAUGCGGAUCCAGGGGAGACAGCGUUAAAGUGUGGUUUUAAGAACCCCUCUCACACCCAGAAAAUCUUCUCCAUAUUUGAUGCUUAGACCUCUGCAUUCGUCUGCUUUGCUUCUGUGUCUCAAGCGUCCUUGACCGUGGUACAAGCGCCGCGCAUUUAGCGGGGUGCGCCUAGCCGUGCUGACUGUCACCGCCGGGCCAUCUGCGUGACUCUGAUGCCAGGCCCCGACCAUGGCGCUACCAGCCAGGCUGUGCAGGGAGGGGGUCCCCUGGCCUCCUUGUGCCCAGGCCUCCAGUUAGCCAGUUAUCCACGGAUGUGAACGUCAGAAAUAACCUGACUGGCUGGGGAAGCGGAGGAAUAGAAAAGCAUUUCUUUUGACUUGGGUUGUUGUCGUUGUUCAGCUGCUAAGUCAUGUCCAACUCUUUGCAACCCCAUGGACUGCAGCACGCCAGGCCUCCCUGUAACCUCACUAUCUCCCAGAGUUCGCUCAAACUCAUGUCCAUUGAAUCAGUGAUGCCAUCCAAGCAUCUCAUCCUCUGCCACCCGCUUCUCCUUGACUUGGGCAAAGUACUAUGUAUUAGACACAGUCAGUCAGCAAAGAGGUGUUGACUUGAGGGCAAAGGCAGCAGGGACAGAAUUCUAGAGACCUAGGACACUGGAAAUGGAAGAGCCUUUCAAUAUCCCUGGUCAUAAUCCUUGACUUUCCAAAAUGAGAAAUGGAGAAACAGAGAGGUUAAGUGAUUUUCCCGAGAUUGCACAGGUAAUCAGUGGAGAAGUUUUGACUCUUCAUCUAGCACUCCUUGGCUCAUCAACAUACAAUAAAAGUGGGCUCAAAGGGAAAGUGAUUAUGGUCUGGGGUCUACAAGGCACAGAAAAUAAAAUAAGUUAGAAAAGCUGAAAAAGAGGAAAAAAGAUUUUCCCUCCACUUAAAAAUUAUUUCUCAGUGCAAAACAGAAAAGGAGAUGCUUGCCUAGGUAUACGACAGUCCAUUGGUAACAACCUACAUUCUCCCCUAAUGAGACAGGAAACCUACUUGGUAAAUGAUGAUUCUGAUAAAUCUGGUAAACCACGACGAAGUUACUGACAGUUCCCAGUUGACAGCUGGGAUCUUAAUAAUCUAUUCAUCCUAAGAAAACCUUGUUUUAGUAAUAUGUAUGCAUAAUUUAAAAGUUGAAUGCUGAGAGCGGUUAUGUACUUUUCCGUAUGUAAAAUUUUCAUUUGAGGACUCUAGGUAAAAAAGUACAUUUUGUCAGUGCCUUUCCAUGUAAUAAGUAAUUUCAAGAGCAGACUUCACAUUCUUGCAUUUAGUUCAAUAUGCUGAGAAGAUGCACAAAUAACAAUGAAUAAUUGGGGCUGGGUCUUCCUGUCCAAGAUGAGAGACAGCCAUUUUCUGUAUAAUUCUGGAUCCUUUUCCCUGCAGCAGUUUGAAUGUGCCAAGCCAAAGUUUAUGUCUCGCCUCUACUUCUCCCUGAGUGUGUAGAACUAUACUUUUGCUCACAAAGAAAGUUGCGGCUGUGCAUGUGUGCGGCUGAAAAGCCCAGACCGAGGGUCAUGGGUGCUGGGGAGUUAGAGCCCCUGGGUUACAUGCUGGUCCUGUCUGGGCCCUGUGGCCCAAUUAAUCAAGGCCACAGAUGAGCUGAAACCACAGACCAAAAUGACGAAAUAUGACUCUCUCACCCCUUGAUUACUUUGCCAUAUAGAUUUAACAUUUAAAGUGGGAAACAUUUUAGAAUGUCAUUAUUGUAUCACGCAGUAUUUAAGAUUUCUUUUUACUGUGAUGACUUAUCGAAGAUAUAUGUAUUUGAACAGAUGUUUUUAUCCUCAAUGAAGCUCAUUCUCUUGUUGUUAAUUACAAUGGAUAAUCACA